CCCUUUGCUUUGCUCCAAACCAAUUAGCUCUCCAAGACAUGGCGAAGCUGUCCCUGAUUCGUGCCUCGUUCAUGGCCGCCAUGGUGGUCGCCUCUGCCUCGGCCAACUUCCUGUCGGACGUCGACAUAACCUGGGGUGACGGCAGGGGGAAGAUGCUGGACAACGGCGAGCUCCUCCAGCUCACCCUCGACCGCGCCUCCGGCUCCGGCUUCCAGUCCAAGCAAGCCUACUUGUUCGGGAGGUUCGACAUGAAGAUGAAGCUGGUGCCUGGGAACUCCGCCGGCACCGUCACCACCUACUACUUGUCGUCGCAAGGCCCGGCGCACGACGAGAUCGACUUCGAGUUCCUGGGGAACACCAGCGGCGAGCCGUACGUCCUCCACACCAACGUGUUCGCGCAGGGGAAAGGCGACAGGGAGCAGCAGUUCUACCUCUGGUUCGAUCCCACGCUGGCUUUCCACACCUACUCCGUCCUGUGGAAUCCUCGGCGGAUAGUGUUCUACGUGGACGGGACGCCCGUUAGGGUGUUCAGGAACAGCGAAGGCGCGGGGGUGGCGUACCCGAAGAGCCAGGCCAUGCGCGUGUACGCCAGCCUAUGGGACGCCGACGACUGGGCCACCAGGGGCGGGCUGGUGAAGACGGACUGGAGCCAGGCGCCGUUCGUGGCGUCCUACCGGGGCUUCGUCGCCGACGCCUGCGUGGCUGCCAGCGUCCGGCCGUCAUGCUCGGCUUCCAAGGCUGGCUGGUGGGACCAGGGCCUGGACUCCGGCGGGGCCCGGAAGCUGAAGUGGGUGAGGGACAACUACAUGGUCUACGACUACUGCCGCGACGCCAAGCGCUUCCCCGGGGGCUUCCCUCCCGAGUGCUCGCAGCCCCUCGACUGAUGGCUGCUGGAUCAACUUGUAGCUUGCAAUCUGCCGCCCAUGUAAAUGCAUCGAUUAUUAGAUAUUUAGUUCCGUUUUGUAUGUAAAAGAUGGAAUAAAAUGUUGAUUAGUUGCUUA